AAAAGCUGUUUUUUUGUUUGUUUUCAUUUUGUAGCACGAUGUGAACGACUUAACUAAAGCUUUGACAGUUUUUGAAUGUAUGUACUGUUGAUUUUCUAUUAACUAUUUCCUCACAAACGGAUACCAGUGUGUCGUCAUGGCUCCCAAGAAAAAGGGUAAAAAGGGUCCCAAGCUGACCAAAGCUGAAAAGGCGAGGCUGAAGAUCGAGGAGGAGGAGCGAAGAGUGCGAGAGGAAGAGGAGGCCCGGAUUCAAGCGGAGAGAGAAGAACAGGAACGGUUGGAACGACAAAGACGGCAGGAGAUCUUGGAUAGGCUCGAGGCUAAGGACAGCGAACGCAGGGGCGGUGAGCUGGGGGAACUGCGCUCCCUUCUGGAACAGAAUUAUUUGGCUGUGUUGAAGUAUAAAAAUGAUGUUGCACAAAUGUCCAAGUGGGAGAAAUACAUGCAAUGCAGUGACAUUCCAGACCCGGCAGUGCAGCAGGAAAUCAACACGUUCAUCAGCUUGUGGAGAGAUGACCCUGAGCGCAGCGUUAAGACUGUACUCAAGCAGUGUAAUGUCGCUCUAAAGCUGAUCGAAGAGCUGGCAACACUCCUCAGGGAGGUGACUGAUGAGGAACACAUCCCGAAAUACCAAGAGGCGCUCUUGCAUCUGCAGGAUAUAGUCUACGCCAAGAUUCUCAACACCAACAUUGAUAUCCUCAAGGGGGCCAGCAACAGCAUUGACACAGAGACCGGCAACAUGCAGGCUGUGAUUAAAGACGACAACACCACUUUGUGUCUGUGGGCCAAUCUCAUGAGGAAUCCCAGGUUUAAGUGUUUGACCUUUGAGGGAGUGGGCAUGGGCUUCGAGCUGACCAAGCAGCUCGCGGCGAGCAACAUCGCCUUGCGGAUCCUUCACACCAGCUAUGACCACUUGUCUACAUUGUCCAGGAUGACACACAUGAAAACAACCAUUGCCCCUCCCAGGUUGCGCACCUUUUUCGAAGACAUUCCGCUGGAGGUAACGGAGGAGGGGGACGAGGCAAAAGAGACACAGGAGGAGACGCAGGAGGAGCAGGAGGACAAGCCCGCUGAGGAGCAAGAGCAGGAGCAAACUGUGGAAGAGGAAGUUCCGCCGGCCCCAGAGUCUGAAGGGGCUAAGCAUUCAGAAAGUCAACUGUCAAGAGCCAGUAUGCAACAUGCAGAGGAUGGAGAUGGCCAGAUCGUAACGCAGGUGGAGGUUCUCGUAGCCGAAGCGACUCCUCCGCCCCCGGAUGAUGACCUGAUGGUUUACGGCGAGGGCGUCGAGGCGGUGGACCUGAGGAAGUACACGCCUUUGGGUGGAGUCUUCUACUAUGAAUUGUUCCACCUUCCACCGCAAUCUUAUCAGGUCAAGGGCUGGGAAAUCCGAAAGAUGUCGGACGCAGGGUUGAAAGUUUUCCAGUAUGUUGCUGAGAAGUCAAAUCAAACAGAAGAUGAGGAAGCCGCUUCCCCACUUGUCGGCCUGUCUGUGAACCUCCCUGAUGCGGUGGUUUUCCUAGAAACCCCUCUUGUGGGUCGUUGGGAUGCAGAAGGCAAGUUUUGGAGGAUGGACGGUAUCAGUGGCUUCUCUUACCGUAAGCAUGUGCGUGAGGAGGAGGGAGAGAGAGAGGGAGAGGAGGAGGAGGAGGGGGAAGGGGAGGGGGAGGGAGAGGGGGAGGGAGGGGUGGCAAAGGUCUCCUUCAAGAUGGAGUCCUUCUACCCCUUCGUGUUGAUGCAGCACACCUACGGCAACUUUCCCUUCCGGAGCUGGGAGCUGCGACCACUGGGCAAAGACUCUGCUCUCUUCAGCAUCAACGGGGCGCUCAUUGACCUCUGCAUCAGCAUCCAGGGGAAUCAGUGCAUGCUGCAAUCGGAGCGAGAGGUGGGCCUCACUAACCUCUUCAACAAGUGGAUGAGCGCGCCCGACCUGCAGCAGGCCAUGCUCAAGGCGGGGAUCAACAUCUUUGUCAACGAGCACACUGACAAAUUUGUCACUUCUUGCCGCAAGGACGCACUUAUGGAACACGUUGCCUAUGAACAGAUGGCCCUGUUCGCGUCAGUCUGCGCCUUCUCAUGGAGUAAAUGGAACGCCCAAUGUGGUUCAGAACAUAUCGUCAUAAAGGUCUGUGAGCACCAGGGCCCCGACCCGGCACCCGAAGACUUGUGGAAUCUCUACCUCGUGGGGGCUCAGAGAUUCCAGAAACUGGAGAUAACUGAAACGAGCGAGGUCUUCUGUGCGGACCACCAUCCCGACAGCGAGUUUCACUCCACCUUCAUCCACAUGCUGCAGGACAACAUGAGCCCUGAAGGGAUAAGUCUGACCCGAGAGACCCACUUCCUCUUCGUGGACACUGUUCAGAGUCUGUUCUGUGCCAUCAGGCCACUCAUGUUUUGCUAAUCCUGUGCAGAAUAACACACGUUACAUUCUA